CCUCGAUCCGUGCUCUUGAACGAACGCUACAAUGUGACUAAACGAGUGCGUUACUGUUCCCGAACUUAAUAAUAAACAAGAUAUUAUGAGUGACUUGUGAAGUGAAAAGUUAUUAUUUAAACAAGUAAGAAAUGUGGCUGACGCUCUCGAAAAUGAUGUUGUUAUUUUUAACAACUGCCUUAAUUGCUUAUAGUGGCAGUGCUCUAACAAGCGAGGAUAGUUGCGAUCCUAAAGAUCUGAAGCUGUGUGUUGACGCUACACCACGAACUCAAGUUGGUCUCCCUCGAAACAAAGAAGAGCUGGAUAAGCACUGUCUGGCAUAUCAUACUGGUAUGGCUUGCAUGGAUGCGUGGAUAAAACGUUGUCUGCCAACGGACGGGCAGAAGAUAGUUCAACAGCAAAUUGGGGGUGCACGACUACUCAUGCGUUAUUUAUGCACAAAUGGAACAGGCUUACGAAAUGACUUCCUGAAGGAGCCAUCAUGUUGGUUGCUGGUGUCGUCAGACUGGUCACGAUGUGUAGACGAGCUGCAAUUAGCUGCAAGAGAGAUUUCAGAGCGCUCCCACCACAUAGUUUUCUUCAACAAGAAUACUGAGCUGUGCUGCGCUCGCGAUGCCUUCGUGUCGUGUGUGAGUCGUGCAGGGCGAGUUUGUUCGGCUUCAUCAGCCGCAUUGUUGCGCCGCAUGUCGUGGGUGCUGGCGCAGGACAUAGCUGCUUGCAGUCAACAACCGCGAGUGGUAUGCAGUGCUCCACAACAGCAAGGCCUUACAUUCCUUGCUGCUCUCUCUGGCGUACUACUGUGCCCUCUGGCCCUAUAAAACAUCGUUAAUUUUUAUAUAUAUUAUAUAAAACAUGCAAUUUUAUUAAUUAUUUUCAAGAUUUUUCUUUUUAUUCAUGUGUGUACAUUGUAUAUUAAGUUUAGGAAGAGCACAUUCUUUAAGAGUUAUAUAGUGACGGUAAAAUUUAAUGUAUGUAGGUAUAUUAUAGUAAAUGUGGUAAAAAUAUUAAAAAUGUUUGACUUUAGACAGUAAAGUUUUCUAUACCGAAUGUUUUAAUUUAUUUCCUGAUUAACUAAUAAAUCGUACUAUUUAAAAUACAGAAAACAAAACAAAACUCUUAUUAAUAUAUAAAUUUUAAAUGUUUACAUAAUCGAGUUCUCUUAACGUCAACCCAUAAAAAGCAACCCUUCUUUAUUCAUUAAAAAAGUAAAGUAUAUCAUUAAGUAUAUUGUUAACAGUUUAUACAAAAACUGUAACAAGUUGAAUGCUGCACAAUAAUUUGCCUGACCAUUCGUUCGCAUGAAAAUCCUUGUAAAAUUGCAGGAGCUUUUUUACACUAAUACUAAAAAUAUCCGUUCUUUGGUUUUCUGACAAGCGUUUUCUGUUUGUUUAUAAAUAUUAAUUCUUGUGAACAAGAUUUUGCACGGAAUGCACUUUUUAUAAUUUUAUUAUAUACUAACGAAGCUGUUAAACAUUUUUGAACAUAAUUUUCGCAUUUAGACAUCCACAGUUUUCCAUGUAAUUUUUUUAUUUUAUUUUUCAGAAUGUUUAUUAUAACUUUUUAGUUUUUAUUUAAAAAAAUUAUAACAAUAUUUUGCCCCGUGUGUUUUAUUUAACAAUGACUAUUCACAACGUAUAAUUUGCAUUUGAAUAGAAUUGCUUUGUCACUUGUUUAUCAGGAAGCUCAUAAAUUUUUAAGCCCUCCGUAUAUUUAAAUGAACUGUAUAUGUAGAAAAAAUAUAAAAUUUUGUGAAUUAAUUUUGUGAUUUCACAAUUUAAUGUCUAAUUAAAUUUAAGUUUUUUAUUAACUAAAUCGUUUGAGUGAACAUAUAAAAGCUUAGAA